AGGUGAUCACGCAAGUUAAGGUCCGCUACCGAACAUGCGGGCGAGUAAGCAGGAACAACGAGGAGUUAUUCGAUUUUUGGCGGCCGUGAAAUGUAUCGACGAAUGAAGGCUGUGUACGGUUUCGAGAAUCGGCACAAUCGGAUAAGACUAUCGGAACUGGUGUUUGCAAUUCAGCUCCUAAUUCUUAAAUACCCAAAGCCAGGCGUAAUUCUGGGUCUGGCCAUGUCUUUGAUCACAAGACGUGGGAUAAUCCUCAAAUGGGUUGUCAUAAAUACUAUCGCAUUUAUGUCGUUGGCACCAGAAGUAGCAGAGGACGUGUUUUCAGGAACAAUGAUUAUGUUGGCCGUCAUCUACGUUUAUGGAGUCAGUAUCAUUCUAGUAUUUCCUGAAGUUAUUCGGACACCACUGGAUGAGUGAAGACAAUUCUAGAAGGAUGUGAAACAAACAGG